AUCCGUCGCCCAUCCACCCUGAGCCCCGACCGACAUCAACCACGCCGCCCAAUACUUGCGCUUUUGCUCUGCCUCAUCCCCGCCCUCGUCAUACUACCAACGAGCUCGAGAAGCGCCUUCUGCUGUUCUGCUGGCUCGAGUCUCGGCCGGGAAAAUGCAACACGCGCGCGCCCAGGAAGGGAUCGAAAUGAGUUUACGCGAGCAUCUACUCGCAGCCAGUGGCUCUGGCUCUGCUCCCGCUCCCUAUCCACCUCCGCCCUCUGGUCCCCAGCCAGCUGCUGAUAAUCCAUAUCCGCCCUCCGAUUCGCAAAGCCCUCACGAUCGACUUGACCCCAACGUGACUGGACAGUACGACAUGAGUGGGGAUGCCGAUGGCGCAGAUCGCAAAGGCAAGCGUGAACUGUCGACGAGCAAGAGGGCCGCACAAAAUAGAGCAGCACAGCGCGCAUUUCGACAGCGAAAGGAAGGAUAUAUCAAGAAGCUCGAAGAACAGGUCAAGGAGUUCCAAACCAUGGACCAAAACUACAAAACAUUGCAGAAUGAAAACUAUCAACUGAGAGAAUACAUCCUCGGCCUUCAAUCGCGACUUCUGGAAAAUCAAGCCGACUUCCCACCCGCCCCUUCACACGUCAAUUUGUCCAGCGGAGCCGCAUCGCAAGCACAGCACGUCCACGCUGCCGAACGUCCAUAUGGCGCUGAAGAGCAGUUGCGUCGUGAGAUGGAGCAGCAACGCGCACCUCCAGCGGCGCCAGUCGUGGCACGCGAGGACGUGCAUCACGACGGCAUGACCCAACUUCGACAGGCCGCUGCUGUAGCGGACGCGCGGCCCCACACGUCUCCAUACGGUCUAGGGAAUAGCGAGUAUCAAAAGCGUCCUGAGAACUCAACUCAGCCAGCCUCAAGUAGCGACGCCAAGCCGCCUUCGUAA